AAAAGACGCGUUCCCAGAUCAAAUUUGAACUGGAAAAACGCAUCCGUCUCUGUCAAAACAAAGCCAUCGACGCACGCAACAACAAUUGGCGUCCCUACAUCGCAUCACGGUUUUCCGAAUCACUGUUGUUUUUGUGUGGUGCUUGGACAGCGAAACACUUGCAGCACGAAGGAAAAUGGCACCACGCAAGCGAAAAGUGGUGGUAGCACCGGGCAACACGCCGGAAAAAGUGAAAUACUCUACCGCCGUCAUACAGACGCUGCUGAACGCGCAGCAAACCGAAACCACGCACGCGAAGCUGGUGAAGCAGCUGAAGCAACUGUACGGCACGGUACAGCACGAUUCGUUCAUGAAAUCCUUCAUCCAGGUCAUCAAGCGCCAGAUGGAACACGAAGAAACGAACCAGUAUGCGAACAAUGUCCUCAAGUUUUGUGCGAAAUUUGUGGCCGAUCCCGAGUACAGCGAGCAGGCCGUAACACACCCGAUCAUGGCUUCGAUCUUCGAUUGGUUGCUCAGCACGAUCAGCAGCGCGCAGUUGGUUCGGUUUCGGAUAUGUCAGCUAGUGAACUUGAUACUGAACGCGCUCGGGACGGAUGCGGCGCUGGAUGAUUCGAUUUGCGACAAGAUCCUGCGGUACAUGCUUGAGCGGAUACGGGACAUGUCGCAGCAUGUGCGGGUGCAGGCCGUGCUGGCGUUGCAACGUUUGCAGGACCCAAACUCACCGGACGAUCCGGUGGUGCGAGCCUACGUGUACCAUCUGGACAAGGACCCGUCGCCGAAGGUGCGGCAGACGAUCAUCUCUUCGUUGGGGCGGAACUAUCGCCUUAUCCCGCACGUGCUGGAACGGUUGUGGGAUGCGGAUGAGCGCGUGCGUCGCCACACGUACAUGCAGAUGAGCAGCUACCCGGUACGGCAGUACAAGGUAGAGCAGAGGCUAAAGUUCCUCGAGCAAGGGCUCGGCGAUCACUCGGAGGCGGUGCGAAAGGUGAUGCGGAACGUGAUGAUCCCACAGUGGAUCGAAUCGUACCAGCGGGAUUACGUGGCGUUCGUGGAGGCGCUCAAGCUGGAUGCGGACGAUAAGGAGAUGGAUCGGUUCCGGAAAACGGCCAAAUUGGUGCUGGUGGAGAUUUUCGACAAAAAUGGCGUAGAAGAGAUGGCCCGACUGCUGAAGUUUGGGGAGGAAAGUCGAGUGGUUCCACUGUCGGAACUAACGAUUGAACGUGCAAUCUGUUGGCAGGCGCUGCUAGAAUACUUGCACAAGCACGACCCGGACCGGCUGGAGGAUUACAUGAUCGAGCUGAGCAAGUUUUGUGAGUACAUCAAAGCGUUCGUGACAAACCCGACGGCGGCCGCAUGCAUGAAGAGCGCGAAUGUGAGCGUCGUGAGCAGCCAAACGGCGUCGCCGAGUCAGCCCGAGACGAUGGACAAGCUGCAGCAGCUGUACGUGCAGUACACCCUGCAGAUCCUGAUGGAUAUCGUGCUGAUGUACGACUUUGGGGACGAAUUUGGCCGGGAAAGCCUCAAGCUCGUGCUCUCGCACAUCCUGUGCCACGAGAAUCUGUUCGAACCGAACGUUCGGCUCAUAAUGGCCACGUUCGAGAAGCUCAUCGCAGACGUUGAGACGAGGCUCAACUUUUUCGUGGAGCUGGUAAGCUCCGUGCUGGAACCGUCGCGGCAAGACGUCUCCAACAGCUCCCGUCAGCUGGUCGAUGCGUAUCUGGACAAGCAUCCGGAGAGGACGGCGCUGAAGCUGCAGAUUUCAGCACUGCGGGUCAAGAUCCUCGAGCUGAAGGAGCAGGAAAGUGCGCUGUCUGCGCAGAAGGAUUACGCCGGUGCGCAGCUGAUAAACGAAGAGGUGAACGUGUGCCACGAGAAGUACGCCAAUCUGGUGAAACCGCUCGUGCACGAAAUGUCCCAGUGUACGACGAGCAGCAGCAUCGGUGGCGAGGACACCGGUAGCGUCACGUCGCUGUUCCGCGACUCGAUGCUAAAGCCGCGCCGCGUGACGCAGGCCACGAUUGAGAAGUGUCUGCAGAUUUGCUUCUACCUCGUCAACAGUCCAUCGGUGCGCGUGCUUACACCGCCCGUGUGUAAUCUCUACCCGACGUUCAUCAGCCGGUACGUCCAGUCCGGCCAGCUGUCCACGCGCAACUGGGCGUUGCGGACGUCGACCGCGUUCAGCAUGCUGUACGAUGGGCUGAGCAAGGAAACGUUCCAGCUGCUGUACCAGCAGUUCCUCAACACGGCCUCCUCGCGCCUCUGGAAGACGGCCAUCGAGUGUGUGUUCGAGCUGCUGGACAAGUACGGCUUCGAGCACUUCGAUCUGGAGAACGAGGACGUCUCCACCAGCAGCAAGGACGAUUCGCGCACGAACAAAAACUGCCGCCAGCUGUUCAACCGGCACAACAGCAGCCACCACGACGAUUCCCUGAACGCGUCCUCCUGCAAUGGCAACGAGUUCUACAAAAUGUCCGUCCACUUCAUGGACACCUGCAACGACAGCGCGAUCUGCGCGGCCAUCAUCGAGGGCUUCUGCCGGCUGAUACUGCGCGGCAAAUGCACCUCGGCGGACAUUAUGUCGAAGCUGCUGUUGCGCUACUUCAACCCAACGACCGAGCCGGAAAUGCAGCAGAUGUUGGGCAUCUUCUUCCAGCGCCUGAUUGCCCGGCGGCGGCAGGAGCUCAUGCAGAAGGCGCUGAUGAGCACGCUCUUCCUCGUGCUGGAAGCGCCGAACGAAAGUCCGCUCGCCGAGGUGCGCCCCGAGACGGUGAUCAAGUUCGUGGUCAACUCGACGCAGCCCGUGUUCUGCAAUCCGGGCGUCAAUCCGCACAACACGAUCGCGGCCUCGUUCCUGCGCGUGAUGCGGGACAACAUUACGCUCAAGGAUCUGCUGAAGCUGCUGAGCAAAGAGUUGCUCGUGCUGGACAUUAAGGACGAUGCGGGGCUGAGGGGCGAUCUCGCGAAAACGGUGGACGAAAUACUGAAGGAACCGUACCUCGACCCGAAAACGAUCAAAAACUUGACCACCUUCCGGGAGCUGAUGCUGGGCAAGAUCCGGGAACCGCUUAAGUUCUCCUCCUCCCGUACGCCCGUGAGCGAGAGAGGCGAAGGGGAGGAGGGGGAGGAGGGACCGGCGGAGGAGGAGGAAGAGGAGGAGCAGGAGGAGCCGGAAGUGUUCGAGAAGGAGCAACCGGUGGCAGACGGUGAGGAGACGGAGCAGGAGGAGCACGAAGACGAAGAACGGUCCGACGAACGGCCCCAGAUUAACAAAUCGAUCCUGCUGGAAGAUUCCGACACGGACCUGCUUGCCUCGCCGCUGCGGGGCGCUGGGUCAGCUGUCUCGUCACCGGCAAGAAUCCGACCGGAGGGCGCUCCUGGCACUCCGGAUUCGGGAGUUAAAUCGCUCCGACGCUCGAUCCUGGGAGUUAGAUGUUCGCCUACCUUGAAGCUGUCCGCGUCCGGUGACGGGAAGUUUAAGGUUCCCGACGCUUCAACGUUGCGCAAAAUGCAGGCAGCCUCCGCACGGGUCAGAGCAGCAUUUGGCACGCCCAAGGUGAGCGCUUCCGCCAGGGCAGCUAACUGCGGGGAGGAAGAUUUCGAAAUUCCGGCCACACAGGAAGUGCGAAGCUCGGAAGAGGCCGGCUCCUCGUCGGACGAGGAUGAGCUGGAGAUUCCUGAAACACAGCAGCACGAAGCAAGUGUGACGGUACGGCGGAUGACUUCCACGGGUCGGGCGUCGAGUGCCCGCGCGAAUCGGAAAACACCGAUUCGUAAGCCUUCAUCGUCGUCGUCAUCCUCAUCGGAAAGCGAGGCCGUAGAAGGAUCGCCCAACGUUACGGUAAGCCGCAUCAAUCGUUCCGCUCGACCGAUGAACAAGGUAGCGGCCAAAACACUGCUCGAACGCACGGUCCUCCCAGCUCCCGGAACGUUACCCCGUGCGACGACACGUCGGACCGCACGCUUGGAGGCCAUGAACAGCAAGGUGAUGACGCGAAAGUCUCUUUCGGAGUUGAAAUCCGCGCCCGGUGAUGACACAGCGACAACACCCAGACUAUCCGGGCGCCAAUCAACGAGCAAAGAGCGCAGCAAGUCCACAGCGCGCCGUUCGAAAAAUGCGACCGAACUGCAAGGAACGUCCACCCCGAACGCAACCCCCGCCAGAACAACGUCCCGAUUGGGAGCGGCGUCGUCCGGAAAGCAGACAAACAAUUCUUCACCGGCCGGUAAACGAACGCGCGAACGGCCGACGGCUGGCGGAAGAAAGACGACAGCAACCGACGCCGCCGCCGCCACCACCGCCGAUGGUGCCGAAAGUAGCAGCGGUGUGUCCACCUCGAGCCCAAUACGCUUGAAGCGAGCGGCCGUUGUGCUGACUCCGCUGAGUGCCAUUCGGCGGACGCGAGCGGGUGGUGACGAUUCCGACACCGUCGCUACCUCCCCGAGACGGCCGAACCGAAAAGCAACGCGAAAGGAUACGGGAACGUAGGUCGGGGACAAACCACAACGGGGGCAGAUCUUUAACAGAGAGUGUACUCUACUCUUAUUCUAGGUACGUUUUAGGACAGAAACGAGCAAUACUGCUUCAUAUUAAUAAGCGAUUUAUAUGAUGAUGUAGCCAGUGUGUGUGUCUGUGUGUGUGUUGUAUAGUGUGAAUAAAGUGCAACAACUAAUAUUACUUUCCUACCUUA